CCGAUCAGUGUAAAAAGACGAUGACUUCGGCUCUGUCAUGUGAUCAGCUGUGUCCGAUCACAGCUGAUCACAUGGGACAUCUACAUUGAUCAUCAGGGCACUGAUGAUCAGUGCCCUGAUGAUCAGUGUAGCCCCAUCAGUGCCACAUAUCAGUGCCCAUCAGUGCACAUCAAUGCCACAUAUCAGUGCCUACCAGUGCACAUCAAUGCCACAUAUCAGUGCUCAUCUGAGCUGCCUUUCAGUGCCAACUAUCAGUGCCAGUCAGUGCUGCCUAUCAGUACUGCCUAUCAGUGCCAUAUAUGAGUACUGCCUUACAGUGCCCAUCAGUGAUGUUUGUGAAUGCCCACCAGUGAUGCCUGUCAAUGCCCAUCAG